AUGCCUCCGGCUUCUCCGUGCGGCCGUGGGGAUGGAGCGGGAGGGGAACGGGCCGGCAGGCGGGAGGGGCGGGAUGUGCGGGUGCUUUCUUACCCCGGGCUCUGCGAGGCUCGAGGUCCCUCGGGGGACCAGGCUGCCGGCCCUUCCGGGAGAACCGCCCGCCCGCUUCGUGCCUCCCCCGACCCGCCACCCGGCGGCCGCGUACAGAGCCGCCUCCUCCCCUCGCGACCCGGUGCGCCCCUGGGCUGCGCGGCCGGCCCUCCCCGGGCCAGCGCUCGCCCUCCUUUCCGGAACUCGGGGGACAGGAGCGCCGCUCGGGCGUCCCCACCGGGGACCCCAUCCCGCCCCGCCCCGCCCCGCCGCCCGGGCGGAGCGCCGCGAGCCCGGAGCCGGCCCGUGGGAUUCCCGGAGCCCGGCCGCGGCCGGAAGUGCGCUUUCCUCCCGCCCCCACCCCCACCCCGGCGGGGCCGCUCUAGCAGCCCCGGGCGCCGGCGUCUCAGUGGGAAUAACCCCUUCGGCCCCAGCCGGCCAGAGCCGCAGCCGGCUUCUCCCUGCGAAGCGCUGAGAUGCGUUGUGUUCUCCCCGGACCGCGGCUGGAGGAUUCUCGUGGCCAUAUCAGGAGGACAGCGCCCAGCUCGCUGGGUUCAUGCUCCCUCGCCGAAGGGACUGAGCAACUCUGAUAGUCCUGCAGGAAGGCAGCCUGGAGAGCACAGGCGUGGAAGCUCUGAGGAAAAGGGCUGGUCGGCCAUGGGAGAUGAGGAACCAGAGAGUUUCUCACCUCCAGACCCCGGGCCCCGCUGCUCCCUCCACCCGGUCUAA